AAAUCCUUCUGAUCAUUUUUUUUCUUACAUGAUCUCAAGUUUUCAUUCGGUGCAUAAAAUUUUUUUUUUUCAAACAGUGUGUAAAAAAAUCAAUGGUUAAUUAAGAAAGUUAUUAAUUAUAAACAAAUGUUUAAUUGUAAAAAAGUAAAGUUAUUUCAAAAGUGAGAAAAUAAUAUUGGAGUAAAAAUGGGAUUUGUGGAUAGGUAAAACUGGUUGGCACACGAACAGAUUACUGCUAAAUGAUACUUUGACUUUUCAGACUUCGGAGGGCUUUGCACUUGAAUCAGUUCUUUUGUGAGAAUCGACCAGACAGUGUCGUGUAAUUUUUUUUUAUUUGUGUUGUUGAAUUAUUAAUGUGAUCACAAUGUCAACGUCUGAAAGAAUUUAUUUAACACCUCAGCCAAUUUAUACUGAAAAUACAGGAUUGUUAAGAAAUCAAAGGAUUAGAUUUCGCCAAUUUCAGUGUUGUUUAUGCGCAUCUAUAUUAGUAGUGUUGGUAAUUUGUCUUGUGGCAAUGAUAAGCUAUUCAUUAAGUAUCAUUGAUUUUAAUCCACCAGAAGACUCGAGCUAUUCAAGUAACUUCAGCUAUUUAAAAACCCAACUACUUGAGUUAAAUCCUACGUUAUUCAGACUUAGUGACAAAGAGUGGGCAGAAGCUUUAGAUGCGGGAAAUCAUGCAAUUGAAAAAAGAUCUAUAAUAGACGAAAGUGCAAAAAUAAUCCUUGCGAAUCAAUUAUCACCAAAUAUUCGUCAUAAUAAUGCUGUAAAAACAAGUCUUCAUGCAGGGAAACUUGCAAUGGCAGGGAUUGGUGAGCUUGGAGCUACGAAAUAUAUUCUUGAAGUUCGUAGGAAUAAUAAAACGAAAUUUAAUUUUGCUGAUGGAGCUUUUUUUUAUGGCAAUUGGGCACCGAUAGAAAGUUGUCGAGAAUAUUUUCUGUCAGAGUGUAAUUUUACAGAUAAAUAUAGAACUUACGAUGGCACUUGUAAUCAUCCGAGAAAUCAUGGAGCAGCGUUUACUCCAUUUGCAAGAAAUUUACCACCAGAUUAUGCAGAUGGAAUCGAAGAACCCCGAGUUUCGAAAUCAAAAAAACCUCUUCCAUCAGCUAGAAAAAUCAGUCUGAGAGUUCAUAAUCCCUCUCCGAGCUCAAAUCCAUCUUUUACUGUAAUGUUAGCGGUUUUCGGACAAUUCCUUGAUCAUGAUAUUACAGCAACUGCACUUAGUCAAGGAAAAAAUGGUAGCAGAUUAGCAUGUUGUUCAUCAGAUGAGCCAAAACAUCCUGAAUGUUUCUCAGUCCUAGUUGGUCCUGGAGAUCCUGUUUAUGAUGUCGCUGGGUUUGAUUGUAUGGACUUUGUGAGAUCUGCUCCCGCAAUGCAGUGCAAAAUUGGACCUCGUCAACAAUUAAAUCAGGUUACAGCGUUUAUUGAUGGAUCAGUUGUGUACGGAGCGGAUGAAAUGCUUGCGCAUUCUCUUCGAGAGCAUAAAAAUGGUUUGCUAAAAAUGUUUAUAACACCGGAUGGUCGCACCCUUCUUCCUCAAAGUACUAAUUUAAACGAUGGAUGUAAUAGAGAAAUUGAAAAUGAACGCGGUCGCUAUUGUUUUGUCACUGGAGAUCCUCGGGCUAAUGAAAACCUUCAUCUAACAACAAUGCACCUCAUAUGGGCUCGUCAGCAUAAUUUAAUAGCAUCUCAAUUGCAUAAAAUAAACCCAGAUUGGAAUGAUGAAAGACUAUACCAGGAAACUCGACGAAUUAUCGCUGCUCAGUUACAACAUAUUACAUACAAUGAAUUUCUGCCAAUUGUUUUAGGAAAAAAUGAAAUGAAGAGACUUAAUUUGACGUUAUUAAAAUUAAAUGAAUAUCGACAUUAUAAUUUUGAUAAAAAAACAUCGAGUAUUGAUGAUCCGGCAAUUGCCAAUUGUUUCGCUACUGCAGCAUUCAGAUUUGCUCACACUUUGCUUCCUGGAUUGAUGAAGAUAACAAAUGCUGAAAAAGGAAGUGAAGAUUGGAUUCAAUUGCAUAAAAUGUUAUUCAAUCCUUACAGUUUAUAUUCAGAAACAGGUGUAAGAGAUUCUAUUAUUUCUGCUACAUCCAAUUUAAUUCAAAUGACUUCAACACAUGUUACUUCGCAAUUAACCCAUCAUCUUUUUGAGGAUCCUUUUGAAGAUUCUUCAAUGACUAAUGAGUUUAAAAAUCAAACAUUCGUACCUUGUGGCCUAGAUCUUGUUUCUCUUAAUAUUCAACGUGGAAGAGAUCAUGGACUUCCAGGUUAUACAGCUUGGAGAGAAUAUUGUGAUCUCAAACGACCUCGUAAUUUUAAUGAACUAAAAGGAAUUCUUGAUCCUGAUAGUUUAGAAGGUAUUCAGGAGCUUUAUGAAGAUGUAGAUGAUAUUGAUCUUUACACUGGUGCACUAGCAGAAGUAAAAAUACAAAAUGAUGGGCUCUUAGGUCCACUAUUUACUUGUCUAGUUGGACAACAGUUUCAAAGACUUCAGUUGGGUGAUCGAUUUUGGUAUGAAUAUGAUCAUCAAUCUUAUCCUUUUACAAAAGAACAACUUCUUCAGCUAAGAAAAACAUCACUAGCUAGAAUCAUCUGUGACUGUUCCGAUAAUAUCGAUUAUAUUCAACCUCAAGUUAUGCGAUCAGUUGAUUCAACGAAUCUUAUCACAUUGUGUGAAGAUAUUCCAUCUGUUGAUUUUACAGCUUGGAAAGAAAAUGAAUCAACGAUUAACUGAUUGAUUGAAUAGCCAUUUUUUU